AUCAUUUUAUGAAUCAUUGAAUCCCAAAGCCUCUUUGCUACAAACACCAUUAAGAUUCGAAUCUCCGUCACCCGCCACAAGCUACAAACCGCCAUGGUGGCAGCCGGGACUUUUUUCCUCCCAGGCGUUUCCUCACCGCUCUUCCGCCGAGAGCCGCCUCCGUUUCUAGGGAAACUGAAUCCAGCUUGGACUCAGAGCAUGUCCACGCGCUUCGCCAUGUCCGUUGACCGAUUUCCGGCAACUUUGGUGGCGGCGGAGAAAGGAAACACGGUGGAUGUAAAACGAGAAAAAGGCGGUGCGGCGGAGAUAGAGAAGAGUUGGGAAGAAAAGGAAGAGAAGCAGAGACGGAGCGGUUGGAAAGAAUAUUUGGAGCAAGCGAAGGAUUUGAUCAUUGGUGACGGUGGACCGCGGUGGUUUUCGCCGUUAGAGUGUGGUUGGCGGUUGGAUAAUUCUCCUCUUAUGCUCUUCUUGCCGGGAAUUGAUGGUUUGGGACUGGGACUUAUUUCACAUCAUCAAAAACUGGGAAGGAUUUUUGAUUUAUGGUGCUUGCAUAUUCCAGUUGCGGAUCGAACAUCAUUUACAGACCUUGUGAAAUUAGUGGAGAAAACAGUUAGGUCAGAAUAUCAACGCUCACCAAAUAGGCCCAUAUAUCUUGUUGGAGAAUCUUUAGGAGGGUGUCUCGCAUUAGCUGUUGCAGCCCGUAACCGUGAUAUUGAUCUUGUACUAAUUUUGGCAAAUCCAGCUAGUUCGUUCAGCAGGUCCCAGUUGCAACUUGUAACACCAUUGUUGGAAGCUUUGCCCGACUCAUUCUCUCCUGCCCUGCCGGACAUUCUCAGAUUGACAGCAGGCGACCCUCUGAGAAUGGUGUUGGAUAACUUCGUGAAUGGACUUCCUCUACAAAACACAGCUAGAGAGCUAAUAGAGGACUUUACUACUCUCGCAUCAUCUCUUCCUGUUCUUACUGACAUAUUACCAAUAGAAACACUUCUGUGGAAACUAAAGAUGUUUAAAUCAGCUUCUGAUUAUGCCAAUUCACGGCUUUAUGCUAUCAAAGCUCAGACUUUGAUACUUUGCAGUGGAAAUGAUCAAUUAUUACCUAGCCAACAGGAAGGUGAAAAACUAUGUAAGUUACUGCCUAAUUGCCAGCUCCGUAAAUUUGAUGACAGUGGACAUUUCCUAUUACUGGAAGGUAGCAUUGACCUGGUAACCAUCCUCAAGGGAACUUCCUACUACCGUCGCAGGAAGUAUCACGACUAUGUUUCUGAUUUCAUACCGCCAACACCUUAUGAAGCCAAAGAAGUAAUAGAAUCAAACAGUUUGAUUACUGCUGUCACAAGCGCUGUAAUGCUUUCAACUCUGGAGGAUGGAACGAUUGUAAAGGGACUAGCUGGAAUUCCUUCAGAAGGACCGGUUUUGUAUGUCGGGUACCACAUGUUGCUAGGAUUGGAAUUAGUUCCCUUGGUUUCUCGAAUUCUUAUGGAAAGAGAUAUCCUUGUAAGAGGAAUAGCACAUCCUAUGAUUUUUAGGAAACAAAAAAAUGGAAGAUUGCCAGAAAUAUCUUCUUAUGACACAUUCAGAGUUAUGGGUGCUGUUCCUGUGGCACCAUCUAACCUUUUCAAGCUUUUAUCUUCCAAGUCACAUGUCCUGUUAUAUCCUGGAGGGAUGCGUGAGGCUCUUCAUAGAAAGGGUGAAGAAUACAAGUUAUUUUGGCCUGAACAAUCUGAGUUUGUCAGGAUGGCAGCAAGAUUUGGAGCCAAAAUUGUACCUUUCGGUGCUGUUGGAGAAGAUGAUCUUGGUGAAGUUGUGAUUGAUUAUGAUGACUUGGUGAAGAUUCCUUACUUUAAGUCUGAAAUAGAAAACCUUACGAAUGAGGCUAUGCCGUUGAGAGCUGGUGCUAGUGGUGAGGUGGCGAAUCAGCAAGUGCAUAUGCCUGGAAUUUUGCCCAAAAUUCCGGGCCGGUUCUACUAUUAUUUUGGAAAACCAAUUGAAACAAAAGGGAGGAAUCAGGAACUUAAGGAUAGGGAGAAAUCUCAAGAAUUAUAUUUGGAAGUGAAAUCUGAGGUUGAGAGAUGCAUUGCUUAUUUAAAGGAGAAACGAGAAAGCGACCCUUACAGAAGUAUACUGUCUCGGUUAUUAUACCAAGCUACACAUGGUUUUACAUCUGAUAUUCCAUCAUUUGAAAUUUGAUUGUUCUGUUAUAAUUUGAUCCUGAAAAUUGCCUAGGUUAGAAAGGCAAACUUUGUAAUUUGCCAAUAGUUUUUCAGGCAUUGUUUUCUUGCCAGAAGGCAUGAUAUAGCUCAUAGAAAGUUGAACCAUUUUGCAAUUCUUCCUAUAGUUUAAAUAAGAAAGUAGCCAAUGCAAAAAAUAAAUUAUCGGGAAAGGAACAUUACUACUAAGUUGUAUGUAAAUUUGUCUAGUUGGACAAUGAAAUCUUGAAACAUGUAAAGUGGGACUACUCCCUACCAUAAUGAAACUAUAUGUCUAUAGUCUAUACAUAUAUACACCAGAAGUGUUUCACUCUUAA